CACCUGGUCCCCCCCGCCUCCUGCAUUCUGAUUGGGUGGUCGGGCUACAUGGAAUAUUUAAAAGGCCCUCGCAGUAGAGUGAAGAACCCAGCGACUGAGCAUCCCACCACCUGAUCUCCUUUGCCGUCCACUGUGUGUCCUCAGCGCACCCAUGUGUAAGGGACUGUCCUCACUGCCCUCAUCAUGCUUGGAGAAGGCCAAAGGUGUGCGGAUGAAGUUCGGCCACCUGGCCGAGAAGCAGGAGCGCUUUCACAAACAGAAAGCUCAUGAGGAGAAGAUCCUCCGUGACUUGGAGACUCUGCUGAGCAGCAAGGUGGGUCUCGAGGCUUUCCGCUGGUUCCUGCGCUCCGAGUUCAGUGAGGAGAACCUCGAGUUCUGGUUAGCCUGCGAGGACUACAGGAGCACGGCCGAGAGCCAGCUGGGGGCCAAAGCUCAUGGCAUCUACAGCCAGUUCAUCAACUCGCAGGCUCCGCAGGAGGUCAAUCUGGACUCGGAGACACGGGAAGCAGUAACAAAUAUGCUCCGGGACCCCCGAGCUGACGCCUUCAACAAUGCCCAGCAGCAAAUCUACACCCUGAUGUCUAAGGACUCCUUCCCAAGGUUCCUACGCUCCUCCUAUUACCAGGAAGCAGUAAAGGCUCUGUAACAUCAGCACCAUCUGGUGGCACGGAGGACCAAAGGCAGCUCAAUUGGUUGUUGCACUCACCGCAAGUGCCCACUAGGGGCACCAUUCUAAAUGUAUUCCUGUGACAUGAGAUGUUGGUGUGCUUGUGUCUGGGCAGAGCAGCUCUGGCUUAUCUAUCUUAAUGUAUUAAGUAUGCAAAAGUGCAGAAUCCAGAGUCGCCAGUUGUCAGCGUAACAGUAACUACUGUGUCCGUGCUUGUGUGCUUUUUGGGUUUUUGCAUUGUACAAGAAAAUCUGAAUGUAAUUUGUUUUAGAACUUGAGACAUUACUUUUUGUGUUUGUCGGAAAAAUAAACUCAUUUACCGGCACAAAGUUUCAAGAUGUCUGAUGUUUCAGUAUGAUAACAUCACCCCUUGUAGAUGAUUACUACCCUAAUUGUUGUGCAGGCUGUGCCACAUUGGUUGCACAGCCACCUGCCAUCCAUCAGAGUGACAACUGGUGUUAAGAGGUGCAUGAAGGGCAUUCAACCAGCAAACAAUGGUUCAAGCCUUUGGAGCAGUAGUUGCUAACCCUUACCACAAAAACAACUA